CAGGAAAACGUUUUGGUUGGCCAUCUUCUCUUGUCGCCACAUGGACUUUGUAAACACCAGCCUUUCAGUGCCUUUCUGAGCGCCUCUAACAUUGAUGCCUUUUAGUUGUUAUUGACUGGUUUUGGCAUUUAUCUGUAGCUGCGGGUGGAUAAUGGAGUCUCUGCGGCUGCUGUCAGCGGCUCCAUCGGACCGCGGCUCUCAGAGAUGCAGGCUGGGUCCGGGCUUGAUGUCGGCGCUGGGUCUGUCUCUGGGCUCCCCUCUGCUGGUGUCUGUUCCCGGGGGAAGCUGCCUGUGCACCGCCUGGCCUCGAGCUGACCUGGCGGAGGGCUUCCUGCAAAUGGACCCGAAAUGCUGCUCUCUCAGUCUGAUCUCUCAGCUCCCUGCACACCUGAACCUGGAGCCCGGACAGCUCACACCUGUGUCCUGCCCCAAACUGAAAGGUGUCAGAAUAACUGUGGUGGUCCAGAGUGUUGAGUUUAAGAAACACACACCUCCUCGCCUUGUUCAUGAGCUUGUGAAAGACAUGCUGAGAGGUGUAUAUGUCCACCAGGGCUUUGUGAUAAACCUGGAGGAUUUUGACACAGAUAUUAGAUAUGUUGUUAUUGAAAGCAUCAAUCCAGACUCUGACACUAUUGGAUAUAUCACCUCAAAAACUGGUGUGGAGAUAUCUGGCAUCCAGACAGUCCGGCACUACAGGAGUCAGCUUCAGGACCAGAACACAGUAGCGCUGGGUGGACUGGACGAGGUGAGUGCAUCCCUGAGAGAGAUGCUACAGCUGCCCCUGCUCUAUCCAAACACCCUGAGCGCUCUGGGUGUGUCCUGUCCCAGAGGAGUGCUCCUGGUGGGGCCUCCAGGUGUUGGCAAGACCCUGCUGGUGCGCAGAGUGGUGGGGGAGGUGGGAGCCAGCCUGGUGGUGGUCAGAGGGCCAGAGGUGGUGGGAUCACGGCCGGGUGAGAGUGAGGAGAAGCUGAGGAUGGUGUUCGAACGGGCUCGGUCUGCAGCAGAAGAAGGUCCCUGUGUGCUGUUCUUAGAUGAGCUGGACUCUCUGUGUCCGAGGAGAACCGGCUCGUCUGCACCGGAGAAUCGCCUGGUUGCUCAGCUUCUCACGCUGAUGGAUGGGAUGAAUCAGUCCGAUCGCUUUCUCAUCGUCGGAGCCACAAACCGGCCGGACAGCUUAGACCCGGCGCUGCGCAGGCCUGGAAGAUUUGACAGAGAGGUCAUUAUCGGUGCUCCCACCUUGCAGCAGAGGAAGGCCAUCUUAUCUGUGCUGUGUGAGAGGAUGCCUGUGUGUCCCAGUGUCAACUUGGCGGAGCUUGCACAAAGAACUACAGGAUAUGUUGGAGCAGACCUCAGUGCUCUCUGCAGGGAGGCUGCCAUGCUCGCUAUACGGGAAAACUCCAAGGAUUCAGGAGAGCAGGCGAUGGGUAUGAAGCACUUCCUGGAGGCCUUGAAGUCAGUGCGUCCCUCCUGCCUGAGGAGCAGCCUGGGCAGGACGGAGCUCUCUCCAGUGACAUGGGAGCAGAUAGGAGGCCUGGACGAGGUCAAGCUCAAACUCAGACAGAGUAUCGAGUGGCCCAUGAGAUACCCUGAGGCGUUUGUUCGUCUCGGUCUGAGCCGGCCUCGUGGUGUGCUGCUCUACGGACCUCCAGGCUGCGCCAAGACGACGCUUGUUAAAGCUGCAGCCGCCUCCUCCCACUGCGCCUUCCUGUCUGUCAGCGGUGCCGAGCUCUACUCUCCUUAUGUGGGAGACUCGGAGAAAGCUUUGGCACAGCUGUUUCGCCAGGCUCGGGCCUGCACUCCCUGUAUUCUGUUCCUUGAUGAAAUUGACUCUCUGAUCGGCUCACGGUCAAACAGUCAGACCCCCAACAGCGUACAGACGCGCCUCCUGUCUGUCCUCCUGAAUGAGAUGGAUGGGGUUGGCCUGAAGACGCUGGAGAGGAGGGGGACGGAAAAGAUCCUCCAGGCUGAAGGAGCGGAGGAGAGUCACCCACAGGAGGAGUUGGACUGCCAGGAAGUGUGCAACAAAGAUGUGAUGGUUGUAGCCGCCACAAACAGACCCGACUGCUUAGAUAGCGCCCUCCUCAGACCUGGCAGGCUAGACCACAUCAUUUAUGUCCCGCCACCUGAGCAGCAGGCUCGUCUUGCCAUCCUGAAGGUGUGUACAAAGUUGAUGCCUGUUAGCUCUGAUGUGUGUCUGGAGGAGCUGGCGACAAACACUGAGCUUUACUCUGGAGCUGACCUGGAAAAUCUGUGUAAAGAGGCUGCUCUUUUGGCACUGUUAGACAAAAACAUGGAGGCUUCAACCAUCGAACACACACAUUUCCUGCGGUCCCUAAAUAAAAUGAGCCCAUCUCUCACUGCUCAGCAGAUCAACACAUAUCAAACAGCUCCCAGAUGACAACCAAACCUAUGAUUAUGCAUUGAUAAUCUGUAUUAGAAUUCAAAUACUUGUUUGAAAUAAAACCAGUAAAACUUGA